UUCUCUUCAAAACUACAAUCACAUGCUUACAGAUUAGCUGUCUAACCCCAAAUUGGACUUCGCCAACUUAAAUAUUCUCAACAGUUCAGCGAAUUACUGGAUGACUCCCAACGUUUUAUUCAAGGUUACCUAUUAUGCCACAGCGUGUGUAAGUCUCCAAAUUUCCGACUGCAGGGAAGAACCUGAUAAGAAUCUUUCAUGUGGACGCCGAGAUGCAUGCCAGCACUGUCGUAAAGAAAAAAAAUACGGCACUCCGCCCUCAAACGUAUUACAACCAUUCAGACGGGAAAAUGGCUGCUUCGUUGAUUUGCAGUGAGACCGUAAGCAGGGUGAGUUCUGUACUGAACAGAGAUGUCAAACAGUUCGGGAAGAAGUUUAUGUUUGACUCAAAUGAAGAGACGUGCUGGAACUCUGAUCAGGGCGGUACUCAAUGGGUGGUCCUGGAGUUUCCUCAGCCAGUUAAGGUCUCUGAAGUCAAGAUUCAGUUCCAAGGAGGAUUUUCAGGAAAAACUUGCAGAUUGGAAGGGUGUAUGAAAGAAGGAGAAUUUGAAAAGUUAUCAGAUUUUUAUCCAGAAGACAAUAACUCCAUGCAGGUCUUUCCCAUUCAGGAAGCCCCCUUGGCACAAAAAGUAAAAAUAUUUUUUGAGAACAGUACGGACUUCUUUGGGAGAAUAAUUGUUUAUUCCUUGGAUAUCCUGGGAGAAAGAGCUUGACUGUGUUUGCUUUUCCGGAGAGAGGGAGUGGGACCAAGAUGAUUGAGGAGCAGCACAGCAUGAUCCAAGCACUGUGAGAUGUGUCCUCCUAUCCGCUCCUGUGCAAAAUCAACCAACUGGGCCUUUUAUGGAAAGGACAGACCUGACUGACUCACUGCUUUUAUCUACCCCUCCCUCCCCCUCUAUUUUUUUGGAAACCGAUGAGAAUUUUCUUGAGUGUGACUGACUGUCUUACAGGUAUGUGCCUUAAUUAUAGUAAAUAACAUUUUUAAGAAUCUGAAAAGAUAAAAACAAUAUUAAAACAAUAAUUGCAGUACAUAUUCAGGUAGCUAUGGCUGUUCUUGUUCCUUGUGAUGGAUUGGCGACCUGUCCAAUGCAUGCUGGGAUAGGCUCCAGCCCUCCCACAGCCCUGACCAGGAAUCAGAGAGUUAGAUGAACGAUGGAUGGAUGUUCCUGUUCCUGCUUUUUCUAAUUUGACAUCAUAACUCCAUUAAUGGGCACAAAAAACUCACAUACUUGCCUUUUUUUCUCCAUUGGUGCUUUAUUGUUUUUGCCAUUUUAACAAUGGAUCUGGAUUUCAUUUUCAGUAAGAAAGUUCCAACCCACCAAAACAAUCCCAAAUAUAUAACCCAUGCAGAAAAAAAAAACAAUAUACAUAUAUAUACAUUAAAGCUAGUGCAGUCAUUGAAAUGGUGAAAAUAAGGAAGAGUGAAGUUGUCUGUGCCUGCUGAAGGGAAAUAUUUGGGGCUUCUCCAUAAUGUAUGAGAAACACAGAGUGGGGCCUGCCCCAGGCCUCCAUCAUUACCCAUACUGCAUUGCUGCUGCAGCACAGAGGCAGACGGAUGCUCUCCUUUCUUCAAAGCCCCUCCAGCCGGGGACGAACUCACGCUAGGGACGAACUCACGCUGGGGACGAACUCACGCCGGGGAUCUCACGGUCCUUGCAUCAUGCCUUUUGCUUCAGCAGUUUCAGGAUGUGAUUCUCAAUCACCUUUUGGACUGUAAACGCAAAAGUGGAGCUCGUUUCUGAUUUUAUGGUUAACUCAAAGUUUCUGAGCUUUGCACUCAGCAAUGUAACAGUUAUGCUAAUUCUCAGUCUUGUACCCUGAACCCACGGCUUUGCGAAGACCAGAUUUGGCCGUUUUCGCGUAAGAUUAUGAGAAAAAUGAUUAAACGUGGUGAUUCUCACCUAACCAAAGAGUUACUCUUUCUGUGCUAGAUUGCUAACCGUAUCACAGUUACACGGGACUGCCUGAUUCUGGCUGCUGUAAAUCUGCUCACCCUUCUUGUGUCCCAGAGCCACAGCAAGGUCCAUAGGGCUGUACCCAGAGUCUGCUUCCACCGUCAGAUCUGCCCCCCCGGCUGAAACGCAUAGGACACCCAGAGCCACCGUGAUUGACAGCACAUGGGCGGAACCCGUGUUUGUGAGCUGAGGUCAUGGAUGGGAGCGCAGACUCACCCAGGAGGGUGUCCACACACUUCACGUGGUUCCCCCGUACUGCAUAGAGGAGAGGCGUUCCUCCAUUCUGAAAAUACACAUGUCAAAUCCUGUGCUGAUGUACUGAAAAGCAGCCCCGUGGAUUGUCUCACUGAGUGUCAUCUUUGCUGUUAUAAGGAUGUGGUUUACCUUCAGAAU